CCGAACGGUCCUUGUGAACGAGACUCCAUUUACAUAUUCGCCCCAAGGGUUUAAAGGCGUGCGUAGCAGUAAAGAUCAGUGUGCCAUACCGCAGAACCCUGGCAGUGGACUACUUUAACAGCACCACCAAUCUCUGCUCUCAAACUUUUUUAAAUAACACUUCUACUCCAGAGACAGGACAGAGAAGAAAGAAAAAAGGCUGAAAAAAUAGUGAUGCCAACCAACAAGUACGCAUCCGCUAUCAUGGCGGAAAGUGACAAGAUGACUGCCACGGCUGCUGUAAAUGGUGAAGCGGCUGUGGGAGACGGAGUGUCGCCGAAUGACAGCGGUCUGGAGAUGACCAGUGAGAACAGCCCGCUGACCGCGGCAGAGCCACCUUCACCUUUUAGUCCCAAACUAAACGGAGGCGCGGCCUCACCCGCAGAGGAGAGCGUAAACAGCAUGAGAAGAAAGAGAUCUCGUAAGCGCUCAGAAAUAGAGGAGGACAGUGCCUGGGACUCUUCAUACAGUGAGGAAAAAGUUGAUGUCGAGUCCGGUUGUGAGACAGGUUUGCGACAAAGGCCUCGUCCCAGGACCAUCUUUCAGGCCGGACUGACGGCCAACAGUAAACCCCGGAAUAGAGAAAGCGGGCAGAGCAAACAAGAGCACAACAACCUGGUUACUGAAGGCGCCGUUUUUGAACUGAUGGAGCAAGACUCUAAAGACUCUGCACAAAGCAGUUCCACCUCCACAUACACCACUGACACAGCCAGCCAACCAGAGUACAAGGAUAAUAAAGGUUUUGGAAUUGGAGAGUUAGUCUGGGGCAAAAUAAAAGGUUUUUCCUGGUGGCCAGGUAUGGUGGUGACCUGGAGAGCGACAGGGAAGAGACAAGCCUCACACGGCAUGCGCUGGCUGCAGUGGUUUGGAGAUGGAAAAUUCUCAGAGGUGUCUGCCGACAAACUGGAUUCCAUCACAGCCUUCCCAAAGUUUUUCAACCAGUCAUCAUACACCAAGCUGGCCUCCUACCGUAGAGCCAUAUUCCAGGCCCUGGAGGUUGCCAGUAUACGUGCAGAGAAGACAUUUCCUCCCUGCGAGUCAGACAGCAUUGAAGAACAGAUAAAGCCCAUGCUCGACUGGGCUCACGACGGCUUUCUGCCCAAGGGUCAGGAGGGCCUGAAACCAAGAGUAGACGCAGCUGAGUAUUGUGUUUUUCCCCUGGCCUCAGAGAGCUCACCACAGCUGGACUCCGGCCCUCCAGAAUUCCCCCCAGCUGCCAAAAGAGCUCGACUCAGCAUCUGCAAAGCCAAACCUGGCAUUGAAGACGUGUACAGCAGAGAACAAAUGGUCAAUGAAGUUUUGAAGAAUCACAGAAGUAUAGAAGAGUUUUGCCUUUCUUGUGGAAAAACGAGAGUGGCAACCUUCCAUCCCCUGUUUGAAGGAGGCCUUUGCCUAACAUGCAAGGAAGUUUAUUUAGAGAUCUCCUACAUGUACGAUGACGACGGCUACCAGUCGUAUUGCACCGUGUGCUGUGGGGGUAGAGAGGUGCUGCUGUGUGGAAACGCUAACUGCUGCAGGUGUUUCUGCGUGGAUUGUCUGGAUAUAUUGGUGGGUGCGGGAGCAGCUAACUGCGCCCGUGAUCUGGACCCGUGGCGCUGUAACAUGUGUCAGCCCCUGCAGCAGUACGGUGUGUUGAAGAAACGUCACGACUGGAGCUUUAAACUGCAGGAGUUCUUCGUCAGUGACAACGGACAGGAGUUUGAAAGUCCAAAGAUUUACCCUGCGGUUCCGGCAGAGCAGAGACGUCCAAUCAGAGUGCUUUCACUGUUUGAUGGCAUCGCCACAGGUUAUUUGGUGCUUCGAGACCUGGGCUUUAAGGUUGACUUGUACAUUGCAUCAGAAGUAUGCGAGGACUCCAUUUCAGUGGGUGUCGUCCGGCAUGAAGGAAAAAUUCAGUAUAUGCACGACGUUCGCAACAUUACCAGAAAAAAUAUCGCUGAGUGGGGGCCCUUUGACUUGGUGAUUGGUGGAAGUCCCUGUAAUGAUCUUUCAAUUGUCAACCCAGCCAGGAAAGGUCUGUACGAGGGGACCGGACGGCUGUUUUUUGAGUUUUACCGCCUCUUGAGUGAAGCGAAACCAAAGGAAGGGGAGGACCGUCCUUUUUUCUGGAUGUUUGAGAACGUGGUCGCCAUGAGCAUCAACGAUAAAAGAGACAUCUCACGAUUCCUGGAGUGUAACCCUGUGAUGAUUGAUGCCAUCGAGGUGUCAGCUGCUCACAGGGCUCGGUACUUCUGGGGAAACCUACCGGGAAUGAAGAGACGUCUGUGUGCCUCUGGGAUGGAUAAAUUAGAGCUUCAGGACUGUUUGGAACAUGGCCGUGUUGCCAAGUUUGGCAAGGUACGCACCAUCACAACCCGGUCCAACUCCAUUAAGCAAGGCAAAGAUCAACAUUUCCCUGUCAUGAUGAACGGCAAAGAGGACAUCCUGUGGUGCACAGAGCUGGAGAGGAUUUUCGGCUUCCCCAUCCACUACACGGAUGUGUCCAACAUGGGUCGUGGGGCCAGACAGAAGCUGCUGGGACGGUCUUGGAGUGUACCUGUGAUCCGACACCUGUUUGCCCCACUCAAGGACUACUUUGCUUGUGAAUAGCACCUGUAGCAUCAUACAGCAAAUACAUCAAACAUAGUGCCAACAUACAAAACCAAACGUCCUCAUUAAAACAACAAGGACCUCUUGAAGACUCGUUAAUCUCCCAAAUUCGAUCUCAGCUUUGGAGAGGUGAGCUGAGAGGUUGGGUUGAGGACUGCUGACCGUCAGACCAAACGGUAGUAAGUAGACACUGCGGUGUGAUGUUUAGAACAUCGUUUGUUGACACAUGGUCAGCUUUUGUACUAGAUGUUUGUAAACUUGAUGGGCCAUGUUUUUGAAGCUGGCAGUUAGGUUUUAUCGUUUAUUGUCAUCGUUUUGAAAGAGUUUUACACAAUGCCUCACAAUUAUAUUCAAAAAUUGAACAAAACAAACUUCCACAGUACCUUCUUAAGCUAAAGCUAAUGCUAAAGAAUGUACAGACGGAACCAUUCUUAUCACGCGUAAUGUCAUUAUAGAUUAUGUACGCUUGCAUGUGACACAUUUCCAUUGUACUGAUGGCAUGAGAAAAUACUUGAAAUUUAUCAUUGCAAACUUGCAAACACCAAGCUGUGAGUCCUUACAAAACAAUGCAUUCAAACGGAUGCAUUAUCAGAAUACAUGCUCAAGGCAUGAUUUUACCAUGCCAGAAUUGCUUUACUUUAAUUGUUUUACUCCCCAACUAGACACUGAGACACUGUAGUGCUUAAACAGGUGACAUUCCCUCUGUUUCACAACAAUAAUAUAACAAGAAGGUGUGUCUGUGAGCAGAACUACAGGGCAUUAGCCUCCGCUAAAAAUGACAGAAUCUUCUCCAUGACUUGUUAGAUAGAGAUGAUAAGUGUACUGUAUUUAACCUUGAAAUUAUUGUUUACAAACUUUAACACGUUCUCAAGUUUUUGUAUAUUCCUUAAAUUGUACGUCAUUUUGUAGAUCGACCUCUGUUACGAGGGACUGUAUUGAAAACAGUGAUGUGCUCUCAUGUAGAUGCACUUUCUUUUUACUUGUUUUUCAUAGUUGUUACAGUUUUCUAAAACAUUGUUUCACUCUAUGAUUGUUGAUAACAAGCACUCAGAUUCUUGAACUCAAAUGCCUUAAAAACAAUGAUGUGUGGUGCCUUUUGAAGAAAAACUCUACAGCCUACCUUGCAGGAUUUUAGGUUGCGAAGAAAUUGUCUUCCUUUUGUUUUAUAGACUUAAUGCUGUAGCCCAAACUGUUAUAUACCACUAAUAUAUAUAUAUAUAUAUAUAUAUAUACGCUUA